AUGGCCGACGUGGACGACAAGGAAAAGGCUGAAAAGCUUGCCGCCGCAAAGAAGCGUUUCGAGGAGUUGAAGAAGAAGCAGAAAGGCAAGAAGGGCGGCAAGAAGAAGGCCGACAAGGCCGAUACUACAGAAGAGAAGGGCGAUGCGACCACGGAUACACCUGCAGAUGGCGACGCAGCAGAAGCCGACGUCGAUGCCCCUACCCACGAGAAGACGACCAACGAUACACCACCAGUCGCAGACGCCUCAGACGAUACAGCAGAAGAGAAGACAGAAGAGGCAACCGAAGAUGCAGCACGUAAGCCAUCCCAGUCCGAGCAGUCCCGCCAACGAUCCGCCUCAUUCAGACAAAACUCUGGUCUCACCUCCCCGAGCCUGUCGAAAUCGCCUGCUCUGCCAUCCAUCAGUGCCGAGGAUGAAGUCCAGGACAUCUACCGCAAGCAAGCAUCACGAAUCGAAGAGCUGGAGAAGGAGAACAAGACGCUUCAGGACGCGCAAUCAAAACUGCAAAAGGUCCAGGAUGAGCUCGAGCAGUUGAGAGAAAGCAGCGGUGAUGUUGCUGAGCUCAAGUCUAAGGCUGCACUGGCUGACAAGCGACACGACGAAAUUGAGAAGCUGACGUCCGAGUUGACAUCGGUACAGAGACAACUUUCUCAGGCGCAACAGCAAGUAGCCGAUAAGCGACGCAAAUCCAAUGCAAGUCCAUCACGCGAAAUUCAGGCACAACUAGCAUCCAAGACAUCGACCAUCGAGUCGCUAGAGCUGGAAUUGUCCAACCUCCGAAACCAAUACAACAUGUCGCAGUCCUCCGUCUCAGCUCACGAGGCUACAAUCAAGGAGCUGGAGCAUCGCGCAACCACAGCCGAGCAAGUCGCCGAAACAGCACAGAAGGAGAUUGAGACAUUGAAAGAGACAAUCAACAAGCCAGUUGAGAAGAAAGAGAAUGAUGCGGAAGACCCAGCUGCCCUACAAGCAAAGAUUACAACUCUGGAAUCCGAUCUACGCACCGCCCAAUCAUCCGCAGACACAGCAACGAGCCGCGCCACCUCCCUCGAACAGAAAAUUGAGACCCUCACGAAGCUCCACAAGGACCAAACCAACACCCACGACUCCCAAAUCAAGGACUUGACUUCCAAGCUCGCGUCACUCAAAACGUCCCAAACGCCUGCUGCAAACGAUACAGACUCCAUCGCCGACGAUGCCAACGACCUCGAGCGCGAGCAGCUACACCAACGCAUUCGCGACCUCGAAGCCGAAACCACUGAUCUCCGCCGUGGCGUAUGGCGCGAUCAAAGAGCAGCUCUCCAACCAGACAUCAACGAUGCCUCGCCAGGCUACGAAGACGUAGACUUGAGUAACCCCUACGCGGCCCCGUCAUCUUCACAUCGCCCGCAAGCCCGCACAGGCAGCAGUUUCCAGGAUGUACUUCAAAGCGGUAUCAGUGCUUUUACUGGCGGUCAGAGGAAGCAAUCGUUGGGUUUGCUGAGUGAAGAGGACUUUGAUGAGGAUUCGUUCCGUGUGGCGCAAGAGGAAGAGGGUAAGAAGAGGAUUGAACGAAUUAGAGAGGUUAAGCGUGGUUUGGAGGAUUGGAGGGGAUGGCGUGUUGAUCUUGUGGACUUGAGGGCUGGAGGUUUGGGUGGAGGUGCGGCUACUGGCCCCAUGUUUGAAGUCUGA